AUGUUAAACUAUUUUAUAUCUAAUGAGGGUGUAAGUUCAAGAACAUUUACUCCUUUGGAGUGUUUUGCAAGUCAAAAUGAAGAUACAGUUAAAUGUGAAAAUGUUGAACUCUUUUUAUUUAAUCAAGCUGCAAAUUCGAGUACAUUUACUCCUUCGGAACGUACAAACAAGAAGCAGAGUUACAAACAAGAAAGAAGGAAAAAAAACCCUGAAAUUGUGCCAGAAAGAAAAUAUCAUAAAUGGGUUUUGAAUGAGGAGACACAACUAAUACAUCACUUUCAAAGUUAUAUUAAUGAAAACAAAAUGCCUGACAAAAAAGAAAUUCUUCAGUUUCAGAAAAUGAUAGACGUUCAAUAUAAAACUGCAAGAACAAAAUUAACGAACGAAAGAACUAAAAUUCUGAACAAUAAAAAUCGUCGUUUGAAAGAUUUAAACAUGAUUUAAACAUGAUAGAGUAGAGUUCAAUUAUUUGUAACAUGACAAAAAUAGAUUCGUCAAACAGAACUUUUUUUAGAACAUAUUUCUGUAUAUUUCAAUAAUAAAACCUUUGAU